AUGCUGCACAACAACAGCAGCAGCAGCAGCCCCCCCCCCUCUCGCAGCUGUCUCGUCACCGCCCCCCCCCUUGCAGACAGACAUGCGGCAUAUGACGAGACUGCGCGCGCUGUAGACGCAGCAGCAGCAGCUGCCGCUGCUGCUGCUGCUGCCGCGGCAAUUGGCAAAGGCAGUCGUCACCAUCCUGCCUCUGCGGCUAGGGGGCAUCACAACAUCCUUCCUCCCCCCUUCCCCCCCCCCCCGGAUCUCGAAGCUCCCUCUACUACUACGGCUCUCGACUGCGCAUGCAGCUUGCGCGGCAGAAGCAGCACUGCCGCUACCCCGAGGUGGCAUGAAGCCUCUGUCGAAGCGCCUUCCUCUUUCAGGAGCAGAGAAACAACACUGCCAGAGAAACGUAGCGACCCCAGGAUACGUCUACACCGCAACAACCACCACUACGAACAGCCAGUCGCGCUUCCCCCCUACCGGAGCACCUCGCCAGGAUGCACAAAUCGCAGCAUUCGCGUCUGCUUGCAUGCAAAGCCUGCCCUAAAGCACCUGCACGAAAUGGAGGAACUCGAGAGGCACCCUCCACACGCCGUGCAGCAGCAGGAGCAUGCAGUGACAGACAGACACCGACGAGUUCAGCUCAAUCCAGCACCCACAAUUGCGACGGCAAAAGGCAUCAAGGAGAAUACACCGUUGAGUGCCUUCGAAUCUGCGGGUCGCCGCCAGCAGCAGCAGCAGCAGCGACAGCAGCAGCAGCAGCAGCGGCAGCAGCAGCAGCAGCAGCAGCAUGAAGGCCUCCCCCCAAGAGCUGCGCAGCAGCAGCAGCAGCAGCAACAGCAGCAGCAGCGGCAUGAACGCCUCCCCCCGAGAGCUGAGCAGCAGCAACAGCAGCAGCAACAGCAGCAGCAGCGGCAUGAACGCCUCCCCCCGAGAGCUGAGCAGCAGCAGCAGCAGCGGCAGCACAGCAGCAGCAGCAGCAUCAGCGGCAUGAACGCCUUCCCCCGAGAGCUGAGCAGCAGCAGCAGCAGCAGCAGCAGCAGCGGCAUGAAGGCCUCCCCCAAAGAGCUGAGCAGCAGCAGCGGCAGCAACAGCAGCAGCAGCGGCAUGAAUGCCUCCCCCCGAGAGCUGAGCAGCUUUCAGGGUGACUCAGCUGCAGCCGCGCUUGCACGAGAAGCGGUUGCUCUGCACCGAGUCGAGGCGCAUCGCGAGGAGGAGGAAGCGCUGGCUCGUCGCUCGCAGUCUCCUUCCGCCGCUGUCGCUUGGCGAAGUCACGGAGCUGCUUCCAGAGAGGUGAGACCGCCUUCGCGCGAAAUGUCGCAGUAUUGCAGCGAGAAACAGCAGCAGGAGGAUCAGCCGCGUAGGCGCUUGCACAGUUACGGUAAGCCUUCUGCCCCGGAGUCACCCUACUACUUCCGUGCCUAUUCCCCUCCAGAGCAGCAACCCAGCCGCUAUCCCCCGCAGCAGCGGCACAGCGACUUGGCAGAGGUAAAAAGCGGCGUGUGGAAGUCUCGCCGCAGCUGGCGACGCGAACGCGCAGGUGUCAGACUGCCAGUGCAGCAGUACGCCACUGAGCAGAAGAUUAUGGGGGGCAGUUCUCGAGUCGCAUCCGAAUGGCGCUCUCUGUGCGCAAGUUCUAAAGACCCCCCUUCCCCGAGGUAUCCUGGAGGCGGCUGCGCUGCUGCUGCAGCCGCAGUUGCCGACUGGGGUGUAUAUUCGGCUCGUACCGGCGGCUCCCGCUGCACGCCACGGCCGUCUACGCAGUCGCGGCACCCCCCCUCCAGCUCCUCGGAAGAAAAAUCAAACUCCAAAGUCCCCUCCCGCUAG